UCCAAUCACGUCUCUGUCACUGAGACGUAGGCCUACAUUGCACAUAUAAAAAAGAACAGCGUGAUUCGUACUCUGAGAGCGGGUCGUCGAUGGAGGGUUACGUCCGAUAUCCUAAGAUUGAGUUCGAAGACUACCAACCUAAAUUCCUUUCUCAGCGGGCUUCUAAGAAAGUGGAGGAAUGCAGAGAAAAGGGUGAUUUGAUACAAAUAGAUGACUUUGAACAAGAAGAAAAGAUGCAGCUAGGAGAUUGUGGAAAUGAAAUGCCUCAAGGGACUAGGGGUGAAAAUGAUGUGCAAAAUGUCUCAAGUGCUGACCAUAGGAAACGGGGUAAUUUUUUUUAUUAUGAUACCCCACUUUCUGAAGAAACUGGGAUUUGGAUACCUCUCUCUAUUCCACCCAUGUCUGAGCAUGAGCAUGAAGAAUGGAGUAGAGGUUUAUGCGAGAAUGGGGGAUAUAUCCCAAAUAAGGACAUGGGUUGGAAUCAGUUUGGUGGAGCAAAUAAGGAGCUGACCAUGUGGGAUGUGGUUACUGAGAUGUUAUUUGCAGCUCGAGGGAAAGUGUCCGCUAUUGCUUCUGGUGGUGUCCAUGGAUGUAAGAUUUCUCAGCCAUCAGAGCACAUUCUUGAGCAAGCUUGGAAAGAGAUGGCUCAGACCCUUACGGAAGCCAAUUUUGGUAACAUAAAGGAAACUCUUGAAGCAGAGCCUCCAAAGUGGUUGGCUGACAGUGCUGCCUCUGCUUGUAUGCUAUGCUAUGUGCGGUUUCAUCCUAUCAUAUGCGCUAGGCAUCACUGUCGCUUUUGUGGAGGGAUAUUCUGUAACAGGUGCUCUAAAGGGAGGUGUUUGUUGCCCUCAAAGUUCCAUACUGGGAACCCAGAACGAGUCUGCGAUGUAUGUUUUGUGCGGCUUGAGUCUGUCCAAGCAUACUUGAUUGAUCAAAUAAGUCGUGCUGCUCAGUUGCCAACCCAUGAUUUGACAGACCUAAGUACAUUGAGAUCAUGGCUUAAUUUUCCAUGGGGCCAGUCCAUGGAGUAUGAGAUUUAUAAGGCCACAAACACCAUUCUGGGUUAUAACAAGGUUGGCACUCUGAAGCCUGAAAAGUCCAUACCAGAUGCUAUUUUUAAACAUGCUAGAGGCCUAGCUAUCCUUACUAGUGCAAAGGUUGGUGUGAUGGUGACGUACAACAUUGGAACAGGGCUAGUUGUUGCUCGUAGGGAAGAUGGAUCUUGGUCUCCACCAUCUGCCAUUUCUUCCUUUGGUGUUGGAUGGGGAGCUCAGGCUGGGGGAGAAUUGGCGGAUUUAAUAAUUGUACUGAGAACCAAAAGUGCCGUCCAAACAUUCAGUGGAAAUAUGCAUUUCUCAGUUGGAGCAGGUCUGAGUGCAGCUGCUGGCAUUGUUGGACGAGCCGCUGAAGCUGAUGUGCGUGCUGGUGAUGGUGGUUGUGCUGCUUGCUAUACAUACAGCUGCAGUAAAGGUGCAUUUAUUGGUUGCUCGCUUGAAGGUAGUAUAGUCACAACGCGAUCCCAAGAAAACUCCAGAUUUUAUGGCAACCCAUCCAUCAGUGCAGAAGAUAUUCUUCUUGGGUCUUUGCCUACACCUCCUGCUGCUGCUAUUCUUAAUCAUGCUCUUUCCAAUCUAUUUGAGAAGGUUGAGAGGCAACCCUCAAGUUUUGGGUUCACUCUUUUCUCCUGAGAUAAGUAUUUGUUGGAGAGCAGGCUCCCACCAUGUAUAGAUUCUUACCAUUCUUCUCCUUUAGUAAAUUUUACUUCAUUAUUUGAUUGAGUAAUGCUAUUUAGUAGACUGCAAUACGACAGUCAUAUAAUUGAGAUGACGUGGCAGUGAAAAUCAGUCAUUUUUUUUUUUAUUAAGUGCUGAUUAGUUGUAUAACAGUCUACUAAAUAGCAUUACACCAACGUAUUGAUUGUACAAUGAAAAGAAUUGUGGAAAUUUGAAUUGAAUUUUAAAUUAAGUACAUAUAAUUCGUAUGUUCGAGCAACUUAAAGCUCAUUGCUAAAGGGGGCAGUAUU